AUGAUUUAUUUAAACCCACAAACACCUACAUGGACUCUGGCUGAGAAGUUUGCUGGGCUCAACUCUGGAAAAGACAAGAGACUGUCUCUCAAUCAGGACCUCUGUAGUCCUCCAGGUUCACCCGCAGCCAUUAAACAUAAUGUUGCCAAUAGGAGAGGUUCUACAGGUCUGGAGGGGGUCUACUCAGACUCGUCACAACAGGAGGAAGGCAACAUCAAGAAUGGUACGAAAAGACUUCUGCAGAGGAAUGUGUGCAGCGGUGAUCCUUCCGAUCUGAAGCUGCGUCUGGUGAGAGAGAUCAGGCCCAAAACCAAGGAGUCUCUGUCUGAUGUUCGUCAUGAUGUGCGUGAUGUACGUGGUAACAAGGGGAAUUGGAAGGGUGGAGAACCACUAGUCAUUCCCCCUCCACUAAACAAGGCUAUGGCCAUGAUUGAUGCCUGUGAGGAUAAGGUGCCUAUAGUGUUUGCUGCCAUGAAGAAACGUGGAGUGGAGGGAGACACAGAGAACCGGCCCUACAAGUGCACUCACUGCAACUGGGCCUUUAAGAAGUCCAGCAAUCUGCAGAGUCAUCUGGAUACUCAUAGUGGCCUGAAGCCUCAUAUAUGUGACCUGUGUGGCAAAGCCUAUUCUCACCAAGGCACACUGCAGCAGCACAAGCGCCUGCACACUGGAGAGAGACCGUACCACUGCCCCUUCUGUGAAAAGACGUACAUCUGGUCCUCUGAUUACCGCAAGCACAUUCGCACGCACACCGGAGAGAAACCGUACGUGUGCGAGACCUGCAGCAAGGACUUUGUGCGCUCCUCGGACCUGCGGAAGCAUGAGCGCAACAUGCACACCAAUGAAAAACCCUUCCCGUGCACGCAGUGCGGCAAGACCUUCAACAAGCCACUGUCCCUGCUCCGCCAUGAGCGCACUCACCUGGGCGAGCGGCCCUUCUGCUGUCCCAUCUGCGGGAAAGCCUUUGCCGUGGCCAGCCGCAUGGCAGAGCACCAGAAGGUGCACACCGGGGUGAGACCCUACACCUGCCUGGUCUGCACCAAGUCCUUCACCAAGUCCUCCAACCUGCUGGAGCACCAGGCCGUACACAGCGGUAUCCGCCCCCACAAGUGUCCUCAGUGCGGGGUGGCAUUCGCCAUGGUGUCCCGCCUGGUCCGUCACCAGCGUGUCCAUACCGGAGAGAGGCCCUACGACUGCACAGGCUGCAGCAUGUCCUUCAGCCGCACAGCUGCUCUGAAGCGCCACCAGGAGCAGACGUGUGCCGGGAGGAUCUUUGUCUGUGUGGAGUGUGACAAGGCUUUCCAGUGUGCCUCUCAGCUCACUGAGCACAUGGUGAGCCAUGAAUGACCCUACUGCUGCUGCUGCUACUGCUGCUAUUGCUGCUACU